AUCAGAUGAGCUUAAUGUCGUGACGAUAAACCACGCUUGCACGGCUUGUCUGCAAACAGAAGCCUCUUGUUAUUAGUGUUAGUGUUUAUAAUUGUGAUAACCUUUAGUGUCGAAUAAUAAGCAAUCAGUCGCUUGGUCAGUCUCGCGUCUGACAGUACACUCGUUUAUUUAUAAGCGAUAUUACAAAUGGAUGUCAUGUGCAAAAACAUUAUCUUCGUAAGUUCUCUCGCGGUGUUGUCAAGUGUCCUUGCUAAAGAUAUUUGCAGAAACGAUGCUAAAUGUUUACCCCUGGAAGAAUGCACCGAUCUGUAUAACAGGUUACAGCGUGAUCCUGAUGUAUUCAUAAUAAACCUUUUAAAAAAAUUACAUUGUGGUUUUGACGCCGCCAAAAAACCACAGGUAUGCUGUCCACCGCAUUUUAGAAACGUAGAGACAAUGCUCAGACUCCCUGAAGUCAAUUUUAAUCCUAUGGAAUUAAUACCCGAUUGGAAAACUUGUGGUAUUCAAAAUAAUGAUCGGAUUGUUGGAGGGACUGAAACGGAACUUGACGAGCAUCCGUGGAUGGCAUUGUUGCGAUACGACAAACCUAAGGGAAGCGGUUUCUACUGUGGUGGCGUAUUGAUAUCUUCGAAAUAUGUUUUGACGGCCGCACAUUGCAUUAAAGGUGCUGAUCUUCCGAAAAACUGGAAACUAUCUCAAGUUAGACUCGGCGAGUGGAACGUGACUAGCAAGAAAGACUGUUAUCUAGACGACUGCAGCCCGCCAGUUCUUGAUAUUCCUGUAGAAGAGGUUAUUGCCCACGAAGGCUACUCCGCCGAUGAUAAUAACCAGCAAAACGAUAUCGCUUUGAUUAGAUUAUCCACAAAAGUUGAGUUCAAUGAUUUCGUUAAGCCCAUAUGCCUUCCUAUUACUCCAGAAUUGCGUAAUAAUUUAUUUGAUGGAUACUAUAUGGAAGUGGCAGGAUGGGGUAAAACGGAAACUAAGUCUACUUCGAAUGUUAAAUUGAAAGUCCGCGUGCCAGUAAUAAAUCGUACGGACUGUCAGAAUAUCUACAACAGAGCGGGACGUUCGAUCACUGAAAAUCAACUUUGCGCCGGUGGUCUACAAGGUCAAGAUUCUUGUCGUGGAGACUCCGGUGGUCCACUUAUGGGGCAAUUGUCUUCAAUGGAGAAUUGGAUGGCAGUAGGCGUCGUAUCUUACGGUCCGUCGCCUUGUGGUACCGUGGGCUGGCCCGGCGUCUACACGCGAGUCUCCGCUUACGUCGACUGGAUACUAGCCAAUAUCCGACCAUAAUUUAUUAUUUAUUUAAUAAUACGAACUUUAAUUUGAUUUAAAUCGUUCGUUGAAUGGCCUUCUUCUAAAAAUAAUCUAGAACUUAAACUUUACUUAAAUGAGAAAAACAAUCCAUGUUCCUUUCUUUUAAAUAAUUUAGUACCUAUGUACAAAAAUAUGACAAUAAUUAAAAAUACAUAAUCUUUAUUGAAUUUUGUUUUCAGUCAUUUCCGACUGAAGAUAUAAAAAUAUAUUUAAUUAAUAUUAAAAAUCUAUAUUUUAAUACGCCAUAAUGUGAUAUUUAUUUAGAACUGAUUAAUAGUUGCUAUACCUAUUUUGUGGAAAGAUUCAUAUAUUUUUGAUCAAACACAUGAAAAUACUCACCGCCAUGUGCCAUGACAUGUAUAAAUAAAUUUUAUGAAACAA